AAAAUUCACCACCACGAAGGAAAAAAGGUGGUGAAUGUGAAAAAGUUUGUGUUUUUGUGUGCAAAAAAUGAUUUUUCCCAAUUUUCCAAUCUUGCCAAUUGUCGUGUUCAUCAUUGACCACUUCCGUGAGGCACAGGGAGUGAGUCAAAAUAUGGGGGAGUUUUGUCUUGAUAUUUACGGAAAAAAUAUUAAUCAAGGAGCCCACUAUGUUCCGGGUCCGGACAAUUGUCAGCUGUGUAUUUGUGACAAUGGGAGCCCCAGGGGGUGCAAAGUUGUCCUGUGUAAGCCCCCGCAGAAUUGCAAAUCCUUCCAAAUGGGCAAUUCAUGUUGCGAAUUCAUCUGCCUCGAUGACAAUCUCACCAAUAGCCAAGAAAGGGGAUCGGAUUUGGGUAUCUGA